UGCACCUGUAUUGUUUACAUCAUGGCGGCAAAAGGGAACAUGUUUCUUGUAGGAACACGAAUUUUGAACUCAUUAUUUUUGUUCAUGCUUUUGACAUCUGUAAAUGCAUCAACAACGGUUGAAACAACAACGGCAAAUAACUUAACCGUGUCCACAACUGACGCAACGACUGUAGAAACAACUACGACAGAAGCUACAACUACACAAGUCCAAACAACGACCACCACAAUACCCCCGACUACAACACCGCCAAUACAGACCUUUGAUCCGUCCGCCGUAGCUGCAAAUAUCAAUUUAGGGCGAUGUUGGUGUGAUGUGACAGGAAAUGCCUGUGAUAUAAACUGUUGCUGUGACACGGACUGUGAUCAGACAGACAUAGCUUCCUUUGAUGGCCAGUGUAAGGAAUCACCGAUCAGUGUGGACGCCAGAUAUUGUGUUCAGGAGGAGGUAAUCCUGACAGAUGAUUCCGUCUACACAUCGGAGAAAACUCAAUCUGGCCUCUUCUGUAUUUACAAAGACAACAACCAAGAGAGAAAUUACUACAACAUACCUGAUAUGAUAAACUCCCUGGGAACGUUCAACUCGUACAGAGACCGAUAUGCAAGCUUCACUUAUUCCCCAACAGUGUCAGCUGAAACUACAUAUUCACAGUUUUACAAGGCAGGAGACCCUAUCUUUGUUGUGUAUGAGAACUUGGCUACAGGUUAUUUGAACAUCCCCCAGGGAGAUCCUUACUGCUCCAGCAAUAAUCCAGUGUCAUACUUGGUUGACCAGAGUUUUAAGUGUACACGACAGAUCCGAACACUGAGUGCCACCACCUGUCUGACCACAUCCUACCUGAGUGCCUCCACUUACCUGUCCAAUGUCAGAAUCGUCAAGACCCCGUACCUUUUUACCUGGAUUAUAAAUGGUACGGAGAUAACGACCCCAGCCCCGACGACAACGGCAGCACCCACAACCCCCGCCCCCACAACGGUUCCCGUGACAACAUCCAAUGACACUAAUACCACAGUAGACACCACCACGCUGCCACCGACCACCACCACUACCACCACCCAGGCUACCACCACCGUGUUACAGACAACAGGUUCAGCAGUUGAUACUGUCACUGCUUUAUUGGACAAUGUUACCAUGGUGACUGAUGAGGAAGUUGAGCGGUCCCUGUAUAACAAUAGCUACACUAUGGAGUUUGAGCUGGAGAGAGUGGAGUGUCAGGACCAGACUGGUCUGGUGGUGGACUGUCCCUUCACCCCCACAUCACCACCUAAUGCCACCUUCAACACCUCACACUGUAAUAAUGUCGUUCUGGGGGUUGAAUAUCAUCUCACCCAUGAUGGAUCUAAUGGAAUUUCCAGAGCUGGAGUUCGCUUGACUAUUGGAAAUAUCCAGGAAUCCGAUCUACCACUUACUCAGACUUACGGCUCCUCUUUUACCUCAGUUAAUGAAAUAAAUAAGACAAUCGUAGAAAGAAGUGGAAACCCAGGAUACAUUAUAGGAAAACCAGUAAGAGCUGGUGUCCUAGUUCUAAAUGCCACAGGGGAUAGUGGUAAUAGGUACGCUAUAGUGGAGGAGAUGUAUAACAUGACAAUCAUCAAGGGCUCGGCCACAGGCACCUGUCUGACGGACGCGGCCACCAGGCAGCAGAUUAACUUUGGUAUCAACAUGGCGUCAGGAUGCCUGAUCAGGUUCAAUUUAUAUAACGUGUCAGCAGAUCAGUAUUGUCAGGCCAUGCAGGAGGUCGUGAUUGACGCCAUGGAGGGCGUGGUGGACACUGUGACCCGGGACGACCCCACCAGACUGAGGCGGGUCGCGACCUACGGGAAUUCUGACCCACUAAAACCAGGAGACUGGGUUCAGAUACUGAGGGAGCCACCAGCUCCUGCAGAAGGUUCCAACACCCAGGAGGGUCCUGUGUGCACAAUGUCCAUGGGGAUGCAUACAGAGAUCCUGUAUGCCAACACGGGAGCUUUAGCAAACCCUCAACCCAAAAUCAUAGGAGUCUCGUACAGAUACGAGCCUAGACAAGAUGUUACAUACACAUGUGAAGGGUCACGUUGUACACCAGGAAAUACAGAGGUGGAUCAAUCAUUUGAGGUGCGACACUCAGUGACUUUUAUCGAUGCAUCUCAACCUGCCACUGGUUAUGUGGGGGAGCCACCUGUCUUCCUGGCAAAAGUGCCCAGCGAUUUCUUCUAUCCAUUUGACAGCAGCCAUGCAUCUCAAAUUAGACUGUUUAAUUAUUAUCACAUAAUUUGUUUUUUCUUACUAUGCAAAAAUUUUAUUUCAUAGGGGAUGUAUUUUGUAGGUUUUAUUUAUUUUUAGUAAUUUCAAAUUGAAAGGGAAUCAUGUUCGAUGCUUGCUUGAGAACCUACUUAAAUGUAGUUUAAGUAUUGUAAGUUGAUAUCAGGGGUUUUCGCUCUUAUUAAGAUGAUUUAAGAUGAUUUAAGGAAUCUGCUUCCAAAUAAUGUCCAAGAUGAAAUUGUAUAUUUACAUAUAUCUGAUCCUCUGAAAUCAUGGUUCUCUGCAUUUAAUUUCCAUCAAGUUGCAAAUGUCACUUUCUUAAAACAAGAAAAGUCAUUUUAUCUUAUCUUUCACAUCAACAUAAGAUCUUAUUUAAUCACAUCAGUUAAACUUUGCAACGUUAGAUCUUAUUAAAUGAAACUCAGGUUUUUCCUUGUAUGAAUUGCUAAACAGACUGUAUUCCUAGAUGGGAAUACAAAUUAAAUAAUGAUUUUCAAGAAAAGAGAACUCUGAAUUACAGAAAGAUACAUACACUCAUAGAUGAACAUGUAUAAAGGCUAGAUAACUCAGAUGAUGUUGUAAUUAUUUUGUGCAGGUGGUUGUAAGAAUGUUAAUGUCUUAAAAAUUACUUCCUCACAAUGUCAAGGUUUUGUAAUUUCCAUACCCCAUACAAACACUUGACAUUAUGAGGAUGUUAUUAUUAGUGCUGUAUAUAAAUGAUGUAAAUGUUAUAUGAUUUAGAUGACUUUGAAGAAUGCAAGUUGAUGACAUUUCUUUGACUGUGUGGUUGUGAAUAAUUUUUGUACUGUGAUAUAGGUGUAUUUAACAAGAGAGAUACUGAUUAAUGAUAUGUUAUCCGUCCUAGCUAGUGUAUAGAUUUAGCUUAUGAAAUCUAUGCACUUUUAUUUGUAUUCGUAUAUAUGGUUAACUUUAAGAGUUGUGACUAGCUGAUGUGAGAUUUUAUGAAUCUUGUGAACAUGGGAUAUACUGAAAGUUUUAUACUUUGAUACUUAGAAAUUAAAGA